AGAGACAUCCCAUUCCCAUCCCAGCCUGGUCUCCGUUCCGCUUUCAUCUGGUCAUCAGCAUGGUCUGGCAGCGGAAUCUCGCGUCGAACUUGACUCAGUGUGUUCAGCGGCUCCGGGCAAGCUCCUAACCAACGGACGGAAAUAAUCCCGCGCCAUCAACCGAAACAGUCGAAAAUACCGAAACGACCGCGAAAAAGUGGGUUUUCUCUGAUCAUUUCGCGAGUUAUGUGCCGUCAGUGAGAAGCUAGAUGGAUUCGCAGAGGCCAGUCGAGAAUGGAGUGUGCCAAGAGGAGGUGUCAUCGACUUCUUUGGCAAUGUCCAAAACGACCACUAUAAGCACCAUCGCGGUGCAGAGUGGUGGUACCAGGAUUGUUAUAGCGUUAUUGCAUUGUGGAGACUGGAUCAAUUUGAAAAUCCUGGAAAUAACUCCAGAACUGACCAAACUAGGCGACACUUUGGAGGAGGCACUAGUAUUACAGAAAGCCCAUGAUGAAGUACUCAGGCAAUUGCAGAACAAACAGAGUCCUGUCGAAGAACUCCUUCGUCAAGCAGACCAACUUAUCGCCACCCAAAAACCACGCGCCGAAGUGUACGCAGCGAUGGCGGAAUCUCUUGGCAGAGCCUGGAAAGACAUCAACUCCAACCUAGAACUCCGAAAACAGAUCCUGGACCUAAACGUCCUCUACCACACCAAAGCCCAGGAAUUCUUCGAGAAGAUGGAGCUCCUCGAAGCUUCCUGCAAGGACACUGUGGUGCCGAUUGAGAUCGAGGCCGUGAAGGAGUUCUUGACUACCAUACACGACCAGAGGAGGGCCCUGCUGGAAUCCCUGAUGGGGGCGCUACAAGCAGGAAACACGUUGCUAGAAAAACUGAAGGAAUUAGGAGCCGAAGGCACACUCGACUCGAGACCCGAACGAAUCCGAAGCUCUGUUAGCAAAGCAAUAUCCCAAGUGCAAGGAUGGCUAGAUGGAUUACACGUGAAGAGACAGAUCCUGGAAGCCACGUUCAACAGGAGGAAGACGCAACUAGAGCAAUGCUUGGCAUUGGCUAUUCUAGCGGCAGAUUUGCGUGAAUUGGAAGAUACGAUUCAGAAUCGUAGGGAACUAUUAGCUAAUAGCAACGAACAAGGCGACUCAUCAUCGAGCGCCGAGCUGCUGCUCCACGAGCACAAGAAGCUGCUGCCCGAAGCUAAGCAGCUGCAAGACCGAGCCUUGAAGAUAACCAAGGCUACCGAGCAGCUGGUAGCUUCCGGAUGCUUCGCGGGCGAGCCAGCAACCGCUCAAUCGUACGUGGUCCUUUCCGCUACCAGCGACUAUCUGGCUGAUUUGCAAAGCAGGGAAACAUUGUUGGAACGCGUUAUCGCCUUCUUCAGAUCUGCGCAAACGGUCCUUACAAAACUGGAUCAACUGGAGAUCCAACUCACAGCUACAGCACUUCCGAAAACCUCACCACAGCUAGCCCAGCUUCACUCCCAAUGUUCCAAGGCCAUCGAAGAAGCUACUGCUGCUCCCCUAGCUGAAGGCUACGCCAUCUUAGACAUAGUAGGCCGUGGCGCCUCUGGUGCAGAAGGGGUGCGACAUAUGGUUGAAGAACUAGAGAACAAGAAGAUAACUCUCGAUGGCCUCUGUACCGCUCACAAAGAGGAAAACGUCAGGAUAAACCAGUCACUGAACAACUUCUUGGACAGACACAAUGACAUUUAUAAUUGGCUCGUGACGAUUGCCGAGGCGUUCUUGCAAGGGCACCAAGAUAUGGGAAGCGAUCUGCCGAUGGCUAAGGACUUUUACGAUUUGCAUAGCCAGCUUCUCACUGAUUUGCAGACGAAAGGAAACGAAAUUAAUGCCUUGCUGCUAACCUUGCCCCCAAUACUAGAAUACUUGGAAGACAAUCAACGUAGGGAUAUCGACACAAAAGUUGAACAACUGCAUGAACGGUGGAUGAACCUGAAGAACAUUCUUGAAAGUCGCAUGGAACUUUCCAGGAUAUACGUCAAGUUCCACAUGGAGGCUGACAUUGUCAACAAAGAAAUGGAUAAACUGGACGAUGUUCUGCUGCAGAAUAAGGAUAAUGUUGAUGAACAAGUGCUGAGGAACAUUGAAGAGAAGUUCGAAUCGAUAGUUCCUCUAUACCAGUGCGCGAAAAAUACUGGUAUUACUUUCAUCAAUCAAUCGAAAAUGGUAUCCGAGCCACAUCUCGAUACAAAACGCGCCCGAUUGUGUGUGGAAUCCGUGCUGGAACGACUGGCUGGAAGACAGCUUGUAGUGACCAAGAACUGGCAGACCUUCCACACUGAGGUGACGGAGAAGAAAGAGGUGCUGGUGAAGCUCGAGCAGACCAUGACAGAGAGCGUGAAGACCAUCAAUUGGGUGUCAAAAUUGGACAGCCAGUUAUAUCCCGUGAUAACGACGAGUAGUACUCGACCUGGAGAGAUCGCCAACUACUUGGAAAACAAGCUAGCCUCUAUCGUCCCAGACCUCAAGAAAGCUCAGGCGGAAGUUGCGCAGAAACUCAGAACUGCGGAAUCCCUUAUACUUAAAGCUUCGACUGCAGAUGAAAAAACCACCAACAUCAAAAAUACUCUCCAUGACCUCAACCAAAGGCUGACAGAAAAAUGUUCCGACUACCAAAUCUUGUUACAAGUCCUAAUCGGUUACUUCAGAACUCUAGAAGAUAUAGAUAAGAAAGCUGAGAACUUCAAUGCCAGGUUAGAAAAAACUGACUACCCCAAGGAUGUAUCUUCAGUGGAAUCUCUGAUCAGGGAGCAUGAAUCCUGCAGACAAACUAUAAUAGAAAGGUUGAGAUUCGCACAAACUGAAUGUGAUCAAAUAGCAGAUAGGAUAACAAAACAGGAACCAGAAAAUGCAGCAGAAGAAGACACUAAUAAAUUGCAGCAUGUUCUUGAGCUACGAAGGGGUGAAUUUGAGAACCAGUGGAGACAAAGACACGAUUCUCUCGAAUCGCAUAGGCAGUUCUGUAUAUUCGACAAUAACCUUCAUCAAGUCAACGAAAGUAUUGAUGACCUCAACCGACAGAUCAAGAAUCUGCAAGGACAGUAUGGAGAAUCUUCAGCAAAUGCCAAAGCCACUUCUCAAUCUUUCGACUAUAUUGAGAACAGCAUCAAGGGAUUGGAGCCCCGUGUAUCGGCAAUCAACCAAACAGGAGAUAAAUUAUUGGCCGAACGUCAUACCCAAUCCUCUCAGAUACAUAGUGAGCUUACUGAUCUUCGGGAUAGAUGGACCAGUUUGAAGAAUCAAGUUGAAGCCACUCGUAGCCUAAUCAACUUGAGUAUUCCUUAUUUCGAACAAGUGGAGAAGGCUGAUGAAUGGUUUCGAGAAGGAAGCAAACUGCUAGUUACUAUAGCUCGUAAAUCAACCACAGUCAAAUCUCCUGACGAGGCUGAAAAAUUGUUGAAAGAAAUAUCAGACUUCUUGAAGCCUGGAGAAGAAAUUCAGAACGUGCGAAUGGAGAAAAUUUCCGAAUUGGCCAGAAAACUGUAUGGUCCAGAACAAACAAAGCAUGCACCUCUUCUUCAUGGCAACAAUGAGAUGAUUGAAUCGUUCUCUGCAAUCACAAAAGAACUGAAAACUCUCGCAGAAAAUCUCAGAGCUGCAGAAGAAGAAAGGAUCAGAUUAGAGCGAGACAGAAAACAAGCACUCCUAGCCGCAGAAGCGAAGAAAUUAGAAGAAGCAAGACUUGCGGAAGAAAUUAGAAUUUCAGAAGAAGCCAGGAAGGCAGAAGAAGCAAGAUUAUUAAAUGAGAGAAGAAUGGCGGAAGAAGCACGUUUUGCAGAAGAAACUAGGUUGGCGAAAGAGAGAAUUAGGAAAGAGGAACUCAGGUUAGAAGAAGAAAGAAGGCUGGCUGCUGAAGCUCGAUUAGCCGAACAAGCAAGACAAGCAGAAGAUAGACAGAAGGCUGAAGAAAUUAGAUUAGCUGAAGAAGCAAGAUUAGCUGAAGAAAGAAGGAAACUUGAGGAAGAACGAAGAAUGUUAGAGGAAACCAAAUUAGUUGAAGCGACUAGAAUAGAGAAUGAAAGGCGACAUGAAGAAGCAAGAAGAGCUGAAGAGGCUGAACGUGCCGAGAAAUAUAGAAGAGCUGAAGAUGCUCGAAGAGCGGAGGAAGCACAAAGAGCAGAAAGAAUGAGAUUAGCAGAGGAAUCUAGAAUCGCAGAACUGAGGAGACAACAAGAAGCAGAAAGGAUGCGACUCGAACAACUUAGUAAAUUAGAAGAGGCCAAGAUCCUAGAAGGAAAACAAAGGGCUGAAGAAGCGAAGCUAGAAGCACAAAAAGCAGAAGAGGCAAGAUUGGCAGAAGAAGCUAGAAUUGAAGAACUAAGAAGACUACAAGAAGCAGAAAAAAAACGACUCGAAGAAUUAAGGGUUGCCGAAAAUGCUAGGAUUCUUGAUGAAAAGCGGAAAGCUGAGCAAGCUAAGUUAGAAGCGCAAAGAGCUGAGAAGGCAAGAUUGGAAGAAGAAGCUAGAAUUGCAGAACUCAGAAGGCAACAGGAGACCGAGAGAGUUAGAUUAGAGGAAUUGAGACAGGCGGAAGAGAUUAGAAUUCUUGACGAAAAACGAAAAGCUGAGCAAGCAAGGUUGGAAGCACAGAAAGCAGAGCAGGCAAGAAUAGUAGAAGAAGGCAGAAUUGAAGAACUCAGAAGACAACAAGAAGCAGAGAGGGUACGAUUAGAAGAAUUGAGAAAAGCAGAAGAAGCUAGGAUUCUGGAUGAAAAGCGUAAUGCUGAGCAAGCAAGAUUAGACGCACAGAGGCUAGAGCAGACCAGAUUAGAAGAAGAAGCAAGAAUUUCAGAACUGAGAAGACAGCAAGAGGCAGAAAGAAUUCGAUUGGAAGACAUGAGAAGAGCAGAAGAGAAUAGGAUUCUUGAAGAGAAUAGAAGAGCUGAACAGGCGAGGUUAGAACAACAGAAAGCAGAAUUGGUAAGACAACAGGAGGCGAAAAAAAUUCGAUAUGAAGAAUUGGAGAGGGCAGCGGAGGCUAGAAUCCUAGAAGAAAAGCAGAAAGCUGAGCCAAUCACAUUGGAAACAGGUACCAAGGUACAUAAGAAACAUACUGUUGAAAUAACGGAAUUAACUGAUGUCCAAAGGAUAGAGAUACAAACUUCAGCUUCGAAAAGGAUACCAUCCCCAAUUCCAAUAAUAGAAUACGCUUUGGAGAAACCUGUGUUCACUUCUCCUCUAAGCAAUGCAGUGAUUCAAGAAGGCUCAAAAUUCACUUUUAUUUGUCAGGUAACAGGUUAUCCUACUCCCACUAUCACCUGGUAUAAGGCAGGUAUACCGAUUCAAAAUAACCCGGAUUAUAGAACAAAUUUCGAAAACGGAAUAUGUUCGUUGACGAUCGAAGAAACUUUUGCUGAGGAUUCAGCUAGAUACACCUGCAGAGCCACCAAUGCAGGUGGACAAGAUGAGACAACAGCUUUAUUGACAGUCAAGGAAACUGAACCACAGGAAGUACUUCUGGCACCGACUUUCGUUAAACAUUUGGAAGCCUCAACGGCAAGAGAAGGAUCGACUUUUCAGUUCGAAUGUAGGGUGGAAGGAAAUCCUUUACCAACAGUUCAGUGGUACAAGGAUACUGUUUGCAUUGAUAAUUCUUCUGACUAUAUUAUCACUUAUAAUAACGGGGAUGCUGUUUUGAAGUUUGAACAUGUUUACCUGGAAGAUAAAGCAGAUUAUACCUGCAAAGCUUGCAAUCAAAUGGGGAUUGCUCAGAGCACAGCAAAUUUGGUUGUCACUCCAUUGGAACCUACUGAGUCACCGAUGUUCAUUUCACCUCUUUCGAAUGUGAUGGCCAGAGCAGGACAAAAAAUAAAAUUGGAGUGCGAAAUUUCUGGAUUACCCCUACCAGUUUUAUCUUGGUCACACAACGGCAAACCAGUGAAGGAAACGCGUGAAAAUAAGUUGCAACUCGAAAACAACAAGGCGACUUUGAUAAUAUACGAAGCCUUCCCCAAAGAUGCUGGUACUUAUUCAGUAAGCGCAAAGAACAUCGCAGGAGAGGCCACAAGCUCGUGUAGUGUUUCAGUUAAAGGUCGUCUUCCUACAGAAACUUCUGAUUCCGAAAUGGCUAGCGAUAUGGAACCGAUAAAGCCGUCCAUCCAACUACCACUUUCCAAUACAAGUGUUCAAGAAGGGAACAGAAUACGUCUGGAUUGCGUCAUAGUAGGACAACCUGAACCAGAAGUCAUCUGGUACCAUAACGAUAGACCCGUGAAAGAAUCUACAGAUUUUCAACUUCUGUUUCAAGGAGAUAGGUGCUCUCUAGUGAUUCAGGAAGCUUUGCCAGAAGACGCAGGCGAAUACAAGGUUGUUGCUCUCAAUUCAGCGGGAGAAGCGUCUAGUCAGUGUAUGUUGAGUGUAAUCCCAGUUUCAGAAUCUGAGGUCGAUGCAAAACCAAAAGAAGAAAAAACAGAGCCAACUGGAACACCGCCAAAGUUUUCGAAACUGCUGGCCGAUGUUUUAAUUUCGGAAGGCGACAAAGUUAUUUUGGAAGGAUGUGUAACUGGGGUGCCAAGACCGGAAAUCAAGUGGUUGCUGAACAAUUUACCUAUAACAGAUACAGAACACUUCGCUUUCUCGCACGAUGAUGAAGGGAAUGUGAAGCUCCAAAUCGCCAAUGUUCGACCUGAUGACAAGGGUGUUUACACAGUUAAAGCGACGAAUUCAUUAGGUGAAGUCAAGUGCUUCGCACAACUCAUAGUCAAAUCACUGAAACCUCCCGAAACAGUGAAACAUGAGGAAGUCAAACAAGCUCCUGAAUUCAAAGAAGUCUUUCACGACAGAUCUGCAUUCUUGGAUACACAUACCAAAUUCGAAUGCAUCGUCACUGGAAAACCAACCCCAAAGAUCAAGUGGCUCUACAAUGGAGAUGCAAUUUCAGGAAAAGAUUUUUUGAUAUCAACUUCGGGGGAUCGUCAAGUGUUGGCCAUUCCCAAUCUAAAGAGAGAACAUUCUGGUACGAUAACAUGCGUGGCAGAAAACGAAAUUGGUAAGGCAAGCUGUGCUGCUUCCCUAGUAGUGCAAUCACCUUCCUCCAUUACUCUACCCGAAUUUGAGGCUGCUGUUUUGCCUCCCUUCCAAGCUACUAUGCAGAUGCCCCUUAUAUCUCCACUGACUCCACUGAGAACUGAAAAAAUGCAACAUAUCGAAUCAUCUUACAUUAUGAAUAGAGAAGUACUUACCCAGACUUCAACGUCGCAGACGAGCAAAAUUAUUUCAUCCAGCUCGGCUGCUCCUGAGCCACACGUGGAGGAGCACAAAAUCAUUGCUCAGAAUGAACAAGUUUUCAAGCAAGUUAACCAAGAAGCUCCAGAAAUCAAGGAGAGUCACAGGAUCGAAGAAUUCCAUAAAGUUGGUAAAGAACCACCUGUCAUCCACGAGAAAUCAUCCUCCACCUAUACUAUUGGUGAAAUGCAAGGCACCCAGAAACAAGUACCUAUAUCAGAACUGAAACAAGUUGUCCAUAAACCUGCAUUGAGGGUUAGACCUCCAAAGUUCAUCACACCGGUGAUAGGAAAAAUAGUUGACCAAGAUGUAGAUAUUGUGCUGGAAGGAAUUCUGGACGGACAACCGACACCGCAAGUAACUUGGACUAGAAACGGAGCCGAACUGAAACCAAGUGAGAAAGUAAAGAUCAGUUGGAGUUUGAACAAAGCCACUGUGGAAAUCAAGAAUGUGAAAACCGAUGACGCAGGAAGGUACUCGUGUACUGCAACAAACGAAGGAGGCACUGCAGUCAGUACUGCGGAUCUUGUAGUUAGAAAGACUAUCUUUCCACCUGUUUUUGGAAGGAGGUUACAAGCUCAAGUGAUCAAAAAAGGUGAUAGAGUUAUUAUGGAAGUUGAAGUAACUGGUACUCCAGAACCAACAGUCACGUGGUUUAGAGAUGGUGUUCCGGUUGAAGAUUCUCUGAAAGAUGGUUACAAAGUAAAGACUAUGGGUCAAUGUCAUACUUUGGUUAUCGAAAAAGCCGAGUUGAAUCUCACUGGUAGGUUUAUGGUAAGAGCUGUCAACUCUGGAGGUGAAGCCCAAAGUAUUGCCGAUAUUGCUGUUUUCGAACCAGCACCAGAUACUAUGGUUGAAGUUGUUAAGACAGUGGUAUUCGAAGAUGUUCGUAAACAUGAGACAUUGACUUCGGCGGCAGAUAAAAUAUCAUCUAGUGUUACUCGAUCUGAACCUUUACAUGCGCAAAUCACGAAAAAGGAAAUGCCAUCGUCAACGUUGUUAUCAGAUCAAACAACCCACAGCAUUGCGUCAAAAUCAGAAAUGACUUCAAGCGAGGAACAACGAGUAUCACAAGAAAUGAAGAAAAUGAGACUCGAAUAUACGGCUCCAGAAAUACCCAUGCCCAAACCAAUUAUUCCCAGAGACAUUUUGGUGAAGGAAACUGAAUACGAAAUAUGUGAUCAACCACUAACAGUUCAAAACGAAGUGACCGUAGAAAGCGCAGAAGAUGUGCAAGAUGGUAUCGAAACUAGUUCAAUCUCCAAGCAGUCUUCCCUUCAAUACUUUGUGCAAAAAAUCAAAGGUAGUGAUAAUGAGGAGAUAGCAGUGCCUAAAGAGAUUUCGAUACCAGAACCUUUGAAACCAGAAAUUUACAAAAAAUUCGAGACAAUUGAGCAACCCAAGAAGGAAAUUGAAAUACCUAUUAGGGUUGAACAGAAAAUUGCACCUCCAGUUCCCCCGAAACCUGAACCAUCGAAAGUGCGAGAAGCAUUGACAUCGACACCUGUCACAAAUGGAUACACAUCAACGUCAUCAAUUCAGCAAUCUGCAGCACCAGUGCAAUACCAAACAUUCGCUUCGACUCAACAUGUUACAGAAGAUUUCAAUCUCCAGCGAGAACCUCCAGCUGAAAUCUGCUACGCCAAAAAACAAGAAGGUGUAAAGAAACGGGAUGAAGUUGCAGAAAGGAUCAAACGUCUUUCAGAAUGUCAGAAAGAGUUACCAUUACAUGAGAUACCAACAGGUGCAGUUAAAAUAUUUCCUUCUGCUCCAAAGACAGAACAUAUCAAGGAAAAAGAAGGUUAUACAAGACAAACUGAACAUUCGUUUGAACAGAGUUCCUUCCAAUCACAAUCAUCAUCUUCAUACCAGAGUCAUACUUUCGGAAGUUCCACGCCAUAUGUAGAAACUAUACAUGCACCUAAAAUAGAAUUCGAUAGGCCAGUAUCAACUACCUCGUCGACGCAUUCUACUACUGAGAGACAAUUUCAUAGUAGACCACAUUCAGUUUUAUCUGGUACAGAACCAUCACAAGAAGGGCUAUUGAUGGAAAAACAGUGGGCACAUAAGCUAUCUGAAUCGCAUAUCGAGAAGUCCUGGCCACCACUUCAGUACGAAGAACCCAAGAUGCAACCUUCAUGGUCGGUUCACAGCACUCUCGAAAAAAAGUGGACUCCAUCGGAAGAAAAAACAGAACAGAUUACGAGAGAACAGCCAAUCCUUGUUGAUGAUGUGCAAAAACAACACUAUAUUGCUGAAGUGAGCAACCUGGGGAAUAUAAUAGAUAAUAAGCAUAUAUCUACUGAGAUUGUUUCUAGCAGUCAGUCACUACAAUCUGAGAAAAUCAUUGAAGUGAGAAAUGUUCGGCCCUCAGAAAUAAUCAAGUCUUGGCCUCCAACUCAUGUCGAGCCUAUACAACCACCUAGAGUCAUUCCCACCCUUGAGUCUUUACCUGUUCGACCGAUAUCAGUGCAAGAUAUAACCGACGAAGUAUAUCUAGAGCCUGGACCGCCUCCAGAAAUCGGUUACGCGCAACCUCCAGCUAGAGAGAAAUGCCAGUCUUAUGAGCGCGAGAAGCAUUUGGAACAAGCCAGAGUACCUCCGAGCGUGGUAAGAACACUACCCCCUCCACAGGAAUGGGUCAUUCCCCCUCCCCUUCCGCCAAAGCAAGCCCUACCACAAGCACCGCCUUUGCCUGCUAAACCCAUAAAGCAUGUUGAACCUCCAAAGAAAACUAUCGAAGUCAGGUCAGCGCCCUUCCAGAAGUUUCCAGAUUUAGAACCUUUCCCGUUCAAGCCCGAUACUCAGAAACCUAGACACACAAAAGUCGGGCCACCACCCACACCAUCAAAAUUUGUCAAGGGAAAAUUCACUGACAGUGAUUACGAGAGUGAUUUUGAAUCUGCAAGAAUCCCAACUAGGUGGAAACCGUGCAUGAGUGAUACAGAAGAAAGCAGUUAUAGGCGAGUGCCUGCUCCUAGAAUGACUCACAUAGGUAGGUCUCGUUCUCAAGAAUGUGAACCAUUACCUCCUUCUCAGUUUGAUAAGCCUCCAAGAUUUGAAGGACCUCCGAGACCUGAAAUAAAUUUCGAGGAAUUCAGAGGAAACAAAAAAGUAACCGAGGUUAAGAAAAUGACGAAACAUGUUAGAGAUUUGAAACGCACCAUAUCACCGCCAGUCACUCCUGCGUGUAUUCCACAGGUCAAAAAACCUGAAUCUCCUAAGGUCAAGCAUAAGAUAGUGCAAGACGGUUACAUGGCUGAUACUGACGAACCGUUCAGGCAGCAGGAGUUAAUCACGACAGAAUAUAGUGAAGACCAAAGGUCCGACUAUAAACAGUUUUCGAAAUCGAGCGAACAAUACGUAGAAACACAGAAAAUAUCCACACAUAAACCACGAGUUUGCAAAUUCCCAGUCAGGAAAUUUACCUCAUCCGUUUCUUCACCAAAAGAGGAACUUAUCGCAACACCAAUAAUAACCAGACACACAUCCGAACAAAUUAUAGAACAACGAGACAAGCACAUCAAAGUAGAGCCUUUUCCCUUCAAAGCUGAUGCAGAAAAACCCAGAAAGCCCGUCUGCGUACCACCUCCCAGCCCUUCAAAAUUCGUUCGAGGAGAAUUUCGUGAAAGCGAAUAUGAAAGUGAUUAUGAGAGUCGUAUUCCUUCAGUAUGGGCAUCAGAAGAACCAACCUACAGACCAGUUCACCCUAACCUAACUCCAACUCAACAGCAUACUCAAUAUUACGGAAAAACUCCCACUCCCCCCACAGAGUUCGAUAACCCCCCACACUUAGAAGGUCCACCUCGACCAAAAUUCGAACCCAUCGAAAAAUUCAGGCACGAUGUCAAACCUGCAUCCAAGCCGUUUGUCCACAAACCCAAAGCAAUUUCAGCCGCUUCGAAAGAUUCGAUUAUAGCGAAGCCAUUCGUCCUUCAACCAGGAUCUCCCCCAGAGAUAAGAUAUGCUUCUGGACCGAAAAAAACCCAGUACUACAAGUCGACAGUUAGUGCCCCAUACACCAACGCCAUCCAAACAGAGACUUCCAAUGUCGUUCAUUUCGACGAAUCAACAGAGAGGUGUCAUCGCACGAUGAGCGUACAACAAACUCACAAGGUUAUCAAAUUCGGUGACCAGCACAAGCAACAAGUGACCAAGCUGGAACCCUUUCCUUACCAACCGGAGCCUGAGAGGACCAGACGAUCAACGAGUGUUCCCCCACCACCAACCCCAAGUAAGUUCCAACCUGGCGAGUUCAGAGAAAGCGAUUACGAAAGUGAGGUGGAAAGUACCAAAAUAAAACCAAAGUGGACCCCAGGUGGAACAGAAACAGGAAGCCUCAGAUACAGGAAGGUGAGAGCACCAGCUGCCAGCAGAUCUUCGAGUGUUCCCGCUCCAAAAGAACGUGUAGUCACUCCAUUAGAGUUUGACACCCAACCGCCUGCGAUGCCUUCUAAGAUUUCAAUAACCGAUAUCACAGAUGGACAAACCAGACACGAAUCUAUGUACAACAGUUUCACCAAGAACAAAUCCAACCAGAUCAUGAAGAGGAGUCAUUCCUUUGAGCCCGUUCUACAUCCCGGAACACCUCCUGAAUACGGAUACGCUACGGACCAUAGGAUCAAAUCAACGGCGACAAAGAUAGCUUCGCAGCACAUGGAUAGCAUGACUCAUGCUUUCAAGUCGAAGACACAGAAGUUUGUGACUGAUAUCAUGGAGGACGUUGGCAAACAGAAGACGCAGAAACCAGCUAAAAAUGGCAUAGAUGGAGAUGCGCAGGUAUACAGAGAAGAAUCAAGAGCCGCACAAUAUGGAACAAAGCAUGUCGAUCCUGACACAGGCCUAAUCUACUUCAAGUACGACUUCGGUUACGAAUUCGGCAUUAUACUCCCUGGGGAAGGUAAACAAGUGCAAGAAGUACCAGUGCCAAAGAAAACUAUCAUUGAGCCACCGAAGCGAACCUCUGACAUAGAAAUGCCGGUUUACCAUGAGAAAACCGCGCCAACUAACCAUAACGCAACUCCCAAAUUCAAGCCAAAAAAAUUUACUCCCGGAAGUAAAUCCGCCAAGUGGGACCCCACUUCUGAGAGCGAGAUGUCAGAGUAUGAAGGAGAAGCAAAAAAGACGAAUAAUUUGUUGCCAGGUUCGAGAUGGGAUCCAUCUUCCUGUAGUCCUGUGUCUCUGUCACCUAGUUUGCCAAGCACAUCUCCAGCUUUUAACAAUACUUUCGCAGGUUCUGGAAGAAAAGGUGCUGAAACUCCACCUAGUUGUCCAAGCACUCCAGGAAGUACCCAUGGAAAAGUUGGUCAAGGUCAAAUCAGAGCCCCAAUGUUUAUAACGCCUCUUCGUGAUAUAGCUGUUGUAUGUGGACAAGCAGCCAAAUUCGAAUGUAUUGUCCAAUCGGAACCAACACCUAGUAUUCUGUGGUCCAAAAAUGGCAGAAUCAUAGAAAACUCCUUGGAUCAUAACUUGCACUAUAGAAACGGGGUAUGCCGACUUACAAUUUCGAAUGCUUAUCCAGAGGAUGCUGGAACGUACACUUGCACUGCUACAAAUUCGGCCGGUACGACCAAUACCAACGCGGCUCUGCAAGUACCAGGUGAGCGUCGAUCUCAGUACAUAAAGUAGAAUGGUGGUGGUAUAACAAGGAACUUUUCAAGCACUGCCAAAGCCCUUAGCAGUUCACCCAAUAUCUUUUUUUAACUUCCGAUGUGCCUUAAUCGCCAAGAAUGUGACUUUCAUUCACAGAGGUCACAUAUUUUUUCUUAGCUUUCCUCACUCGAUUAUUAUAGAAUUAUCUAUUCUGAAAUGUGGAGCCUAAUUCGUUGAGUCAAUUAAUUUUAAGUGUUUGAACUUAUUCUGGUCAUUCAAUGCUGGUGUAUUAAUAUAAUUUAAUGUAUAUUUGUGUUUGUUACUUUUACGAUGAUUUAUUUAUUUAUUGUGUCUGUUAUCUCGGAUAUUAAAGCUUUUAUGCAUUU